GUAAAUUUGACUGCAGCAUACCUCGGACUCGAAAUAACCGGAAGUAAUUGUAAACACAUUUCAAAAAUAGGAAAAUAUCGACUCCUGUAGGCCCUUAAUUUAUUUAGAGAGGGGAUAAUGUCCUAAUGCGAUCUAUGUAGAUUUUUUACGGUCGUUAUAUAGCAAUCAGCUGUCUGGACUAGUCUAGACCUUGUCGCCAAAAUCAUUUUUUGUUAAACUUGGAAUUUGCCACGUGGAAAAUUUUAAUAUUUAAAAAUUUCUUUUAUUAAUUAAAAAUAAUGAAUAAUUUUGUGAUAAUAAUCAGUGUCUUGUUUUUUUGUGUAAUUGUACACGCACAAAACUCAAUGAAUGAGACUGAAAAUUGUUUAGAAUUUUGUAAAAAUGAAACAAUAAAACAUUCAAUUAUGAAAAGAGAUGCAUUUACGGAUGCAUAUGCCGGAUUACUUGAAUUAAUAAAAAAAAUAAUUGAUGCCAUCUCGGACAUUAUUCAACACACACCAGAAGCUACAGAAGGCUUCCUCAAGGAAUUUAUUGAGAAUGCCCUGAAAACUUUACAAGCAAAAAUAUCAUCAGGAGACAGCAAGUAAUUUAAGGCGUGACUUUGUAUCUCGUA